GUCUCCGCUCUCCGGCUGGCGCAGUCAGCGACUGGGUCUGCCGCGGGUCGGUAGGCCGGUGCGGGGUCUGCCGCGGGUCGGUGGCCGAGCGCAGAGCGCCGCAAAUCACUGCGAACCGGACCGGACAGGAGGCCGAGCCGUGCACCGCGCUACACCAGUCCGCAGGCGGGCGGGCAGGCUCGGAGCCAGUGCGAGCAGAGCCGGCAGUGUGGGGAGAGCUGCGACAGCGCGGUGGCGAUAGUAAGUGUGAGCGAGGUUUUUUAUCGCUGUUACCCGGGAGGACAGAGGUGUGAGAUUUGUCGGACCAGUCGCAGCGGCGACGGCGGCCGACCUUCAGCGCUGACCUUGGAGUGCGGCACGGCAGCUGAUCUGUACGGAGAGGAGCGGCCCGUGCGCCGGCGUCCCGUCAGCCCAGCGUAACUCCCAACGGAACAGUUCAGUCAGGACGCACGGCUGUUCACGCAGCGUGCGCCGAGAUUCACAAGUGCCGGCACGGUCGGCAUCGCUCAAUAAUCAGCGACAGGGCGUUGCCGGGCGUCAGUAGUCGGUGGCUGACUGAGCGUCUGGCUGGUUGAGCCGCAGCUCGCCAUCUAGGGCCGCAUCUCCCAGCCCUCCAGUCGCCGCUGAGGGCCCAUCAGGAGCAGCUCGGGAACCCACUAACCCCGUUCGCCAUGGCACGGCACAGACUGCUGACCGGCCUCCAGUCCGCGGCCGCCGGCGGAGUGCCGAUUCUCAGCCGCCUGCCGCGGCACCGGCCGCCGCCGCUGCACCUCUGCCGAUCCACAGCCGCCAGCUCGGCGGCGACGGCGGCGGCGUCGGCCGCGCUGCCCUUCUCGGCCGUGCCCGGCCCCUCGGUGGUGCCGCUGCUGCGCAACCUGCCGCACAUGCUGCCCGGAGGACGCUACUUCAAGAUGCCGGCGAUCCAGCAGCUGGAGCUCUGCCGACAGGAGUACGGACCCAUCUGGAAGAUCGAGCUGCCCUGGCAGCGGCCUAUGCUGUUCCUGGCACGUCCCGAGGACGUCAAGGAAGUGUUUCUCGCCGACGGACCGAUCCCCAAGCGGCAGGACUUUGAGGCGUUCGCGGCGUACCGCACCUCGCGCGGCCUGGGUGUCGGAAUCGCUGCAGCCGAGGGUGAGCAAUGGAAGGAGUACCGGGAGCUGGGCCAAACGGUGCUCGGCGGCCCGCAGUCGGCGCUACGCUACGUCGACAAGAUCACAGACGCUGCCGACAUGUUCAUCCGACAUCUGCGCUCGGUGCGCGGUGGCCCCCAGUCGACCGAGCAGGCGCCGCCCUACACCGUCUCCAACUUCCAGGAGUCGGCCAAGCUGUGGGCCUUCGAGAGUAUGAACACGAUGGCGCUAGGCGCCCCGAUUGGCAUCUACGAGCGGGAUGCCGAGGCGGCGCGUCUCUUCAACGGCACCAUGGAGCUGUUCGAGUGUUUCACCGAGCUGAAUCAGGCGGUGCCGCUGUGGCGGCUGUUCCCGACGCCGCUGUACCGGCGCAUGGCGCGCUCCACAGACGUGGUCUGGGACACGUGCAGUCAGUACGUGCGACGCGCGCUGGCCGAGCCCAUAGCUGGCUCCAUGGUGGCCAUGGUGGCCGACCAGGUCACCUCGGACCGCAAGCUGAUGAUGGUGACGGACAUCAUCGGCGACCUGCUGCUCUCCUCAAUCGACACCACGUCCACGACGCUCACCUACCUGAUCCACUGCCUGGCCGUGCACCCCGAGUGCCAGGAGCGCGCCCGACAGGAGGUGCUCGCCGCCCUGCCCAGCGCAGGCGACCAGCCGACGGCUGACACCAUUCCGCAGCUCUCCUACCUGAAGGCCUGUCUGAAGGAGGCUCUGCGGAUCCACCACGUGACGGCCGGCGUGGGCCGCGUGCUCUCCAAGGAGCUGGUGCUCUCCGGGUACACGGUGCCGGCCGGCGUGCGCUGCGUGCCCCUCAGCAUGCUGAUGGCGCUCGACCCGCACCUGUUUCCCGAGCCGGAGCGGUUCCUGCCGGAGCGCUGGCUGCGCUCCUCGCCCCAGUACCAGAAGGUGGCCCAGUACGCCUACCUGCCGUUCGGCCACGGACCGCGGAUGUGCGUGGGCCGCCGGUUCGCCGAGCUGGAGAGCUGGGUGGCCGCCGCCCAGCUGCUCAGACAGUUCCGCAUCACCACGUCCACGCCAGAGUUCGGCAAGGUGAUGAAGCUGAUCAACAUGCCGGACAGACCCAUCGACUUCCAGCUCAACGACCUCUAGACUGCGCUAUUUGGAGAGUGCCUCAGUGGGUCGCGUUCUGAGGCCGCGCUGAGGACGCCACGCACAGGAUCUUGAUCACCACUUGAUAGCCCCCGGCAGCUUACACAGUUCGCAGUCCGUCUGCCCUUUGACAAGGCAGGUUACUCAGUAUUCGGCAGCUCAUGGAAUAAGGAACAUAGGUACUUAGGUCCUUGUAGCCAAUAUCUAAGAUCCUACCAUUUGCUCAGUUGACUUAACAGUUUUGAUUGUUUACUUAACACCUUUACCUGACAGCAGAAAUUUUCAAACACAUCUUGUGGCGCAAUUUUAUGGAUAACCCUUUUAAAGAGCUUAUUUUUUAAUGAGUGUUUAGGUAACUGUUAUGCUUACCCAUGUUGCAUUAGAACUUGUUCUAGCUAAAUAGCUUUGGACGUUGAACGUCAAGGUGGAAGCUACUAACCUAACCAGAUGGAGCACACAUGGUGCGAUGCUCUGUAUACAAAACGGCGCGGAGAUAUUCCAUGUCGUUUGCUCAGACACAACAAUGAUGUAACGUGCUGACAUGCAUGCAUGUUUUACAUCGCUGUCUGCCUUCAGCGGCUCCUGAGAUUGAGAGUCCAUAAGGCCCUUCGCUGAACACUUCAUGAUGCUUGUCAAAUAAAUCUGAGCUUGUAUUAA